CAAAAAUUCAUAAAUCAAAAAUGCACUGAAAAAAAAAUCUACAAUUAUUAAUUCUCUCAAUUUACAAAAUAAAUAAACACAGUAGGCACAAAAAAUCACAUCAAACUGAAGAUACCCCCACAAUGUACCUGAUUCCCGAUCCUCGAACCGGCCAGUUUCCCAGCCACCUCGACGCGCCGGGCCAUCCCCUACCAGCCGGCCCGGCGGCCCCGGCGAGUGGGAAGAAAAGCAGAAGAAUCAACCGAGUCACGAAUCACCAGAAGACGGAAGGCGAAAGUGCUCACGUGCCCGCCGAGCGAUGCGGUUCCCACUCUACGCGAUCGCGGUGUUCGCGGCGGCCGACGCGGCCGCCAGACAUUACCCCGAUCGACCGGACGCCGGGGAGUCCGCGGGCGAUCGCCGGCACCCGGCCCGAAGGAGGCUCGGUCCCGGCAACCCCGGCACCAAUUCUUCUGUUUACUAUAAUAGUUCUCACCGGCAUUUCGGGGCUCACAGGCACGGUAACAGGGCGGUUAAUGGGAGUACCGAUGGGAGAGCGGAGAAUUUGAUGUUGGUACAAGCGGGUACUGGUGCCCAGUAUAAUCCUUACAGCAAGCAUGCACAAGGGCGACACGUUUGCACCAAAACCGCCGAGAAACCGGCCAAAACGAGGCAAACCUACUGCAAGCCCAUCUACAAGAACUACGUGAUCCGGUGCCAAGGGAACCAAAUAUGCAAAGGAGUCAGAUUGGUGUAUGAAACUCACUACAAAGAUGUACCUACGAAGCUCUCCAACGAGCGCAUCUUCGCCUGUUGCCCGGGCUGGACUCAAACCACCAACAGAAGUCACGGAUGCAACAAAGCAAGUUGCAGCAAGCCCUGCUUGAACGGAGGAAAAUGCAUCAAACCGGAAAUGUGCGCCUGUCUCAAGGGCUUCGCAGGCCAACAAUGCGAAUUGACUAUACCUACUCCCGUGUGCCAUAAGCCUUGCCUAAACAACGGCAAAUGCAUCAAAAAAGACACCUGCAGCUGCCCCAAAGACUUCGACGGUCCCCAAUGCGAAAACGACCUAAAAAUCCCUCGUUGUUCGAGAGCCUGCGAGAACGGAGGCGAGUGCGUGCAGCACGAAACCUGCCGGUGUCCUGCGGGCUUCGAGGGCCGUUUCUGCGAAAGAGACGUCGACGAAUGCAGGGAGCAGAAGCCGUGCGAUCAAAUUUGCUACAACACGCCCGGGAGCUACACCUGCCAGUGCAAGGAGGACUUUGCGCUGCAGAAAGACGGCCAAACGUGCAGGAAAGAAGAUGAUGGGAGUGAUGGGGGAAUCGAAGCGAAGGAUUUGGAAUUCGAAAUGCUGGAUAAGAGGCUUCUCAAAUUGGAAACGAUGAUGGACGAGAGCCACAAGAACGACGUGUCGCAAGAUGACCUCAGGAACGUCUACAAAGACAUAGACAUCAUUUCCGAAGACAUGCGGGACUUGAAAAAUAAAAUAAUCGAUGUGGAAAAUUACAAGAACGAUAUGCACGUGUUUAAAACGAAGCUUAACACGAUCGAGAAGAAAGCCGAGAAAGUGGACGAUCUGGUGGUGAAGUACGAUAGAAUGAAAAAAUGUGCCUUUUAUAAUAAAAUUUGUAUGUGAAAACAACGCGACUGAUAUAAAAUUAGAUUAAAUAAUGUGUAUAUUGUAAAUCUUUUUAGUUAAUGUACUGUGUCCAGUGAUAUUGUUACUUCAACGAGUAAACAUUUUUCCACAAAUAUACUCCCAUUUUGAUACAAUUUAAGCUAGUUAAUAAGUCGAAUUUUGUAGGUUUAAACACUGCCAAACUGUAAUA